ACCCAACACACACACACACACACAUACAACUGAACAUGUAAGCUCAUACACAUUGAUAAGUACAUUGAGCAAGCAUGGAUGAGCUGGAUCUUAUCUUAGAAGAGCUGGCUUUCAACUUAGCUGGUCCAGAGUCAGCUACUCAGAAGAAAGAAAGUGAUACAGCCAACACAUAUGGACAGGUCUCAAAGGUGUGUCCUGUUGGUCUCCCUCCAAAGAAAGAAAAUGAGACAGAUAGUACCAAUGUAUACAGUGAGUUACCAGCUCCAGUGGAUGCCGGUCUGCUGAGUCCUUGCUCUGCUACCAGAGAGCUGGACUCCAUAAUGGAGGAUUUGCUGUUUGGUCUGGAGAUGGGGCUCCCAGACCCUCCUCCUCCCUCAACCCCACCACCACUUGUCCAGAAAUCAGUCAAAAAGACCCAGGUUGGAGAAAAGAAAGAAAAGGAGGACACACAAGUGAAACAGGAGAGCACCAACAGUCCUAAGACUUAUGAUCUGGAGCGCAAAGCAUCAACACAGAGAAAAACGGACGCCAUAGAUGACCUUCUGGGAGGCCUGAGCUCUGAUAUGGAGAAGAUGGGUGUACGAACGGUGGCGAAGGGCCACUGUGCUUCCUGUGGCAAGGUCAUUGUGGGAAAGAUGAUCACAGCCCUGGGCCAGGUGUGGCACCCAGAACACUUUGUUUGUGUGGAGUGUCAGGCUGAGCUGGGGACUAGUGGCUUCUUUGAGAGGGAGGGGAAGGCCUACUGUGAGAAAGACUACCAGCAUCUCUUCUCCCCUCGCUGUGGUUACUGCAAGGGCCCCAUUCUGCAGAACAUCCUGACAGCGAUGGACCGCACCUGGCACCCUGAGCACUUCUUCUGUUCCCAUUGUGGGGAGCUCUUUGGGGCUGAAGGUUUUCUGGAGAAGGACGGGAAGCCGUACUGCCACAGAGACUUUUACCAUCUCUUUGCUCCAAAGUGCACUGGUUGUGGAGACCCUGUGAGAGAGAACUACCUGACUGCAGCCAACGGCACCUGGCAUCCCAACUGCUUCGUCUGCUCAGACUGUCUGAAGCCCUUCAACGAUGGUUGUUUCCUGGAGCUGGAUGGUCGUCCCCUGUGCUCUCUGCACUUCCACUCCCGACAGGGAACACUGUGUGGGGGCUGUGGAGAGCCCAUCUCUGGCCGCUGCAUCUCUGCUUUGGAGCGCAAGUUCCACCCUGAGCACUUUGUGUGUGCCUUCUGUCUGCGUAAACUCAGCCAGGGGGUGUUCAAGGAGCAGGCAGGGAAACCCUACUGCUCAGCCUGCCACACCAAAUUGUUUGUGUGAGACUUAUUUAAGUGGUAAUGCCCGAGAUGCCAGAGUUUGGAGGAUAUAUUGGCACCGGUUCGAGUAACGGCAAACUGUGCUUCGAGGGCAUUAUCACAUUUAUACAAUGGGUUACCAACAUAUUUUAAUUAAAAACUUUAUUUUGAUGAAUUUAUUCAUACUAUUUCAUCCUUCCACAAAAUAUAGUCCCGACACAAAGCUGAUUCAUGAUUUCGACUGGCUGAGAAACGCUGCCUGUCUGUCUGUCUCGUCCUGACUCCCGACAUGUUCAUUACUAUAGGACAGCUGAAGAUCGAAUUUGAAUAUUGAAACAGUGUUGCAAAUGUCAGAGAGACAGACAGCAAGGUUUAUACAAAUCUCCUAAUAGUACCCAGUUCAUAUAUAAGGUAAUCAAUUAACCUGAAAAAAGUCAUACUUACAAAGUAUGUGGAAAAUCCCACACGGAUCAUCAAGGCAAUAUCCGCAUAAGAAUUUAAAAUUAAUUUUGUGUCCUGUGUUGCAUGUGGACAUAGACUGAGUGUACAAAACAUUAAGAACUUCUGCUCUUUCCAUGACAUAGACUGACCAGGUGAAUCCAGGUGAAAGCUAUGGUCCCUUAUUGAAGUCACUUGUUAAAUCCAUUUCAAUCAGUGUAGAUGAAGGGGAGGAGACAGGUUAAAGAAGGAUAUUUUUGAGACAUAGAUUGUGUAUGUGUGCCAUUCAGAGGGUGAAUGGGCAAGACAAAAGGUUGAAGUGCCUUUGAACAGGGUAUGGUAGUAGGUGCCAGGCGCACUGGUUUGUGUCAAGAACUGCAAUGCUGCUUGUUUUUCAUGCUCAACAGUUUCCCGUGUGUAUCAAGAAUGGUCUUCCACCAAAGGACAUCCAACAACUGUGGGAGCAUUUGAGUCAACAUGGGCCAGCAUCCCUGAGGAACGCUUUCGACACCUUGUAGAGUACAUGCCCCGACAAAUUGAGGCUGUUCUGUGGGGAAAAGGGCGUGCAACUCAAUAUAAUGUUUUGUACACUCAGUGUAUAAGCACGUAUUCAUGGAAAUGAACAGGAGUGUUUGUUUAGAAUAGACUUACCAAGGAAAAGAGUUACCAUCUGAAUGCCUCAUUGAAAUGUAAUCACAUAAUGGAGCAGAUCAUGAAUAGAUUAUUUCUAAUGUCUGAAACAUGAAAUCAAAUUAUAUAUUUGUGAACUUUG